GUCCCGCGCAUGCGCCGAACACGCGCGGAAAUUCAAAAGUUCUUCCUUCAGUUGAAUGAAAGGCGUUGAUGAGAAGCAGCCCUGUGUCGGUUCGGUUCGGUUCCUGAGUGAGAGGAUGGAAAAGCCGACGGAUAAAAACCCAAAGAGACCGAGAGACCCGCUGGAGGAGAACAUCCCCCCUUCUGAUGAGCUCGAAGUGGUGUUGAAGAGAAGGUGCUUGGCUGCAGGAGGAGUCGAGAAUCAUAACCCUGAGGAGCAAGCAGGUCCUGUGAGGUCUCCGGCCAGAUCACGGCGUGUGGAGUCAGAGGUGAAACCAGACACACCUGCCAUUGCAUCAGUCCGACUCCGAGUUCAGCAGCUCACGCAGAGACGGGAUGGUGGGGCUGCAUUGGUCCAGCGUUGCAUGUCGGACCCCGGGGGAGAGAGUCCCUCCAGCACUUUACUGCGAGACGUUUGUCACAUCGGUGAAGGGGAGUUUAGCUCUCGGCUGGAGCGCUUUAAGACCCCAACUCCAAAGACCAGCCCCGCUCCAGCCACACCUAACACACGCCAUCUCUCCAGCUUGGUCCACAACAUGCAGCAGCAGCUCAACGCCACCAUGACCCCCAGCACCAAGGAGGCAUCCCGUAUGCGCCAGGCUCGAGAGGAUGAGCUGAAGUCCCUCAGGGUGCAGCCUCUCACAGAGAACAUGUGGCUCAAGAGGAGCUCCUCUGACCCUUCACUGGCUGAGGACGACUCGGGCACUGAUUUAAAAGAAUCUGAACCCCGUUUAAACUUCAGUGUUGUGAAUGAGACGAUGGGAGACGGUUUCAGCGCCACAUCUAGCUUCUCGACAGAGAUGCAGCCUCCUGAUACAGCGCUUUGUCCUCCAGAAUCCAUGGUGCGUCCUCAUGCAGAAAUGAGCACUUCUGCCUUAAUCGACAAGAUGUUUGAAGACGUCUUGCAGGCUGCUGAUGGAGAAAAGGAAGACGUGAAAGAGCAGGAGGAAGAGCGACAGAAUGACAGUCAUGUCUCUGAGAGCAGAGGAGAAGCUGAUGUGGAGACUGCUGAAACCGAGCCAAAGUUGACCCCUCCGGAUCAGAGCCUUGGAGGAAAUGAAGCUUGUGAUGAAGAACAGAGAGAGUGUGAGAACCAGAAUGAAGAAGAAGCAGUAGCUGGAGAGCGAGAAGAGAACACGGCGUGUAAUGAAGACUUCCUGUCUCUCCCGCCGAGCUGUGUCCUCUCUCCUCUCAGCAAGUCUGUGGAAGCCGCCAUCACGCUGAUGGGGUUGACUACCACUGAGCCUCCACCCAUAGCGCCUUGUGAUCCUGCAGAGGAAGUGGCCACGCCCCCUGCUCCACCUCUGUACAGUGUUGAUGAGUACCGCUCUCAGACAAAGAACCUUCCUCCAUCCUCUCAGACUGUAAGUCCUGGAGUUCAGAAGCAGCGUGCUGAAAAAUCUGACACCAGCCCAGCUGUGAACACCAAAGAAAUUAUAAAGGCUCUCAGUGACGAGGCGUCCAAGCUACAGACUGUAAUUAACCAGACUCUACAGGCUCUGAGCUGCUGCAGUGAUGAAGAACACGGCAAAGGAUCUCUGCAGGAGGCAGAAGCUGAGAAGCUCCUGCUUGUUUCCAGUGAGAAACAUGCGGCUCUGCUGGCUGAGAUCAGCCUACUGAGAGAGGGAGGCGCAGGACGAGAGCCGGACUCUCGCCCUGACCGUCUCCAGCCCUGUAGAGGCACCAUCAGCAUCAACAACAUCCAGCUGCCCCUCAAGGUGGAGUUUGUGUGCUCUGCCCGCACAGCUCGUCCUACUCACUACUUUUUCGUCCUGAUCCGUUACGGAGCGUGUAACAUCGUUGCCACUCCGCUGGCUACUGCUGCUGACGCUGAGAACGGAGACACCAUCACCUUUCCAACCUCCAUCACACUGCAGGACAUUCGCUCUAACUUUGAGAUUGAUGUAGAAGUCUACAGUCUGUCCAACAGUGUGGCGAACAGCAGCAGUGCUAAUGUUCAACAGCACCGCAGUUCCAUGAGAUUAAAAGCAACACCAAAGAAGCUACUCAGCAGUAUUAAGAAAUCCAACCCAUGCUCCACUUCUGGAGCUUCAUCUGCUCUGGAUCCUCGGCGCUCCAGUAACUUCUCCUUAGUGGGUUCUCACAGGAUCACUCUCUCCUCCCUGGGGCAGACCAAGUUCCUGCUGGAUAAGAUGAAGUUUGAGGGCAAAAUCAGGCAACUCCUGGGGGAUGAGUUUCAGGAAAAGGUGCCCUUUCUGUCUCCCCUGGAGGGUCAUAUCUACCUGCAGCUGCACAGUGAGAGUCACUCCAAUGUAUAUCACCAAGGAUUUCUGACCAUGUUUGAGUAUGUGAGUGGAUUUGGGGCGUGGCAGCGUCUCUCCUUUAAGCUAGAAGGUGGUGUUCUCUAUUACUGGAAGUACCCCAAUGAGAUGUGCAGCAAGUCAGCGGAGGGCAGCAUCUCUCUGUGGGGCUUUGACAGCGUGAGGGCUGUGCAGAGGGACUCCUGCGCUUGGCCUCACACCUUUGAACUGGUGAACUCUAGGACCCUGCAACAAGACCACACCCACACCUUGGCCAAGAGCUGGUUCUCAGCAGACACUCGUGAGGGACAAGCAGACUGGAUGGAGAAGCUAAACCAGGUGCUGCUGGACCUCCACACAUGGAGCUGGAGAGCUGCUGGAGAAGAGAGUGAUCAAGCCAACACCUCGUCUGUCACCGCAAUGUCACGUGAAAGCUUCCUGUAACGCGUUACUGAUAUGUACACGUGCGCACGCACACACUCUCUGACACCAGAUACAUCUGUAAAGGUCAUUUUCUCAGUGUGAAGGUUAAAACACCUCGAGUCUGAUGGACUGAGCACAGCUUGGAGCCGUGUAUGUGAGCUUAAACAUCACAGUAUAACAGUAAGAUCACCAGACUGAGUCACACACAGCUGCAGUGCGAGUCUAAGUGCAAAUACUUUUACAUUCAUCUCAUACUCAGGGUGGAAGAAGACUUUCUCUAUCAGAUCAGUCUCAGUGGAGGUGCAUUUCUCAGGUUUAAUGAAGAAAAAUGUGCAGAAGUCCAUUAAUGGUGUUGUGGCUCCUCUUCACACCAUGUAGAUGUUUAUCGGUUCUAUUUUGCGUAAGAAGGGAGAAUCAUUUUUAUUUGCACAUGUGAAGUGCGUAGUCUUUACUCAAUCCUAUUAAUUCAAAAGGUUAUUCCAAUUUUUAUAUUUUA